AUGGCCCCCCUGCCGCGACUCCUGUUGUCCCUGACGCUGCUCGUCCUCGCCGCCGCCGCGCAGACGCAGCACGUCAGAAUCUACAACGAGUCGACAAAGUACACCUACCACGGCUGCUUCAACGAGACGACCGACAUCGACGGCUCCGACCGCUCGCGCGCCCUCGCCGACGGUAUCAACCAGGUCAAGCGCGGCGAGAUGACGGUGCCCCUGUGCCUGGGCUUCUGCGCCAACGGCCGCACCCAGUACCGCUACGCCGGCCUGGAGUGGUCACGGGAAUGCUGGUGUUCGCAGACACUGUCAGGCAUAUCCACCAAGCUCGACGACGCGCGCUGCGACUUUCCCUGCGAAGGAGACCAGGAUACUUCCUGCGGAGGCUCCUUGAAGCUCACCGUCUAUCGCCUCAGGAGCGCCUCGACUGGCCUCCGGGUCUCGGCUUUCGUCGCCUCUCUGGGCUUUGCAGUGGCUCUUAUAUCAUAA